AUGACCAUGCCUUCCGGCGAUUUCGACACCAAGUCCAGCCUUGGGCAAGCCAUUCUCGAGACCGUGAAGGACUAUCCUCGUCCCGCUGACGUCGACAAGUUUACCUAUGGCACGGCUGGCUUCCGUACUAAGGGAGAUUGGCUGGACCAUGUCAUGUACGGAAUGGGUCUACUCGCUGGUCUGCGCUCGAGGAAGCUGAACGGCCAGACAAUCGGCGUCAUGAUCACUGCCUCCCACAAUCCCGCUGUCGAUAAUGGUGUGAAGCUUGUCGAUCCGAUGGGAGACAUGUUAGAGCAAGAUUGGGAGAAGUGGGCCACCAACAUCGUCAAUGGACAGAACCCAGAAGAGACUCUGGAAGCAUAUGCAAAAGUCGUGAAGGAAUUCAAGAUCGAUGUGAGCAAGCCGGCUAAUGUCAUCUACGCGAGAGACACGAGACCUUCAGGUGCACGACUGGUGAAGGCGCUUGAGGCGGGCAUGAAGGCAACAGGUGUGUCUGCUACGGACUAUGGCAUUCUCACCACACCACAACUGCACUACCUGGUUCGUGCGACAAACACUCAGAAGGACAAGAACCCGUAUGGAGAGGUCUCGGAGGAGGGAUACUACAAGAAGCUCGCUGCUGCCUUCCAGCAGGUUAUGAAGAACACCAAAGCCUCCAGCCCAGUCACUGUCGAUUGCGCUAAUGGCGUUGGCGCUCCCAAGCUGAAGAAGCUACUUGAGUAUCUUCCAUCCGAGGAAGAGACUGGGCUCAAGAUCACUGUCAAGAACGACCGCAUUGAACAAGCUGAGGUUCUGAACAAGGACUGCGGUGCUGACUUUGUGAAGACCGGUCAGAAGGUCCCAGCUGGCUUUAACGGCAAACCAUACGAUCGCUGGUGUUCUUUCGAUGGUGACGCCGACCGCAUUGUAUACUACUUCAACGAGGAAGGCAGCAUGUUCCGUCUGCUUGAUGGUGAUCGCAUCGCGACGCUAGCUGCAGAAUUCCUCGGCGGCCUGGUCGGUAAAUGCGGGCUUUCGGACAAGAUCAAGGUCGGUGUUGUGCAGACUGCCUACGCAAAUGGUGCCAGCAUGAAGUACAUCAAGGACCGACUGAAGCUGAAGUCGGAGCUUACCCCAACUGGUGUCAAGCAUCUCCACCACGUCGCAGCGCGAUACGAUAUUGGGGUCUACUUCGAAGCGAACGGUCACGGUACCGUUCUGUUCAGCAACAAUGCGCUGAGAACGAUCUGGAAGCAAGAACCAGAAUCGCCCGCGCAACUCGAAAACCUGGAAGUUCUUCGCGGCGCCACCGAUCUCAUCAACCAGACCGUUGGCGAUGCCAUCUCCGACUUCCUCCUCGUUGAAGCCAUUCUCGCUCACAAGCAGUGGACUGUCAAGGAGUGGUUAUCAACGUAUACCGACAUGCCAAACAAGCUCGCCAAGGCCAGCGUAAAGAAGCGGGAGGACUUCAAGGUCGUCCCAGGUACUGCCGAGCAGAAGCUCGCAAGCCCACCAGGUCUUCAAGAGAAGAUCGACAGCGAAGUCGCCAAGUACCAAGACGGUCGCUGCUUCGUACGACCUUCCGGCACAGAAGAUGUCGUUCGCGUGUACGCCGAGGCUGCCGAAGCAUUCGAUGUGGACCACAUGAUCAGUGCCGUCAAAUCCUUGAUUGCGACAGCGAGCGAACGUGCCGACUAGGAGUUGAGCAUGAAGCAUCUGCGUGAGCAGGCGAAGGAGUUCGCUAAACUUCAAGUUGACGAAAAGCUUAUGAACAAUAUUAGAUAAAGAUCUGGAUGGCGUUUGCAUGCAUAAGCGUUGGAGCAUAGGAAGGACCGAAAAAGUUUCUGAGAUUUGUGGGUGGCAUGUUAUUGGGAAAGCGCAACCAGGCUUUAGGAUGCUCUAGACGCAUACCAUCAUCGAAAUGUGAACAACACUUUGACUUU